GUAUAGUGUGACACACGGAUCUUUUUGAUUGUGUUUGAUUUUUCGAGGGAUCUCAAAGAGUCAGCACGUUCGACGAAAAUGAUCCUAUAUUAUGUCAUAUUGGUGGUUCUCAGUUGGCCACAAAUAAGAUGCACAGAGGACGCCAACUUGGAAAGUGAUGAGAUUUUCGAUCAAAUCGCAACUGCAUCGGAGAAUACAAUAGAGGCUAUAAAACAUUCGAGCACGAAUUCGAAAAAUCCUCAAGAGCAAGAUUCGAGCAUAUCGUCGUCAGAAAGCGCAACGGUACAUUAUGAAAAUUCUAAUGGUUUCGUGCCUAUCGUGCCGUCUGUUUCUCCAUCAUAUAACGAUCCUGAUUCGUACGACUCAUCGUCAGAGAUCGACGAUUCUGAGCAGCAGGAGAACGAGUCUGAAGAGAGCAACGCGAGGAAUGUCGUAAGUGCUCAAGACAGCUCGGAGAUGGCGAAAAAAUUUGAGGAAGACUUAGCGUAUUCCUCGGAAGCGAGGAUUUUCUUGAAUUAUCCUGGAUCGUUGACGAAUCGUAGGUCUUUCGAUUUCCAGGAAGGGCGGACGAAUGAAUUCGAGUUGCUGAAGAUCAACAAUGACACUCCCGCGGUGGCCAAUUACCAGGAAUUUUACGAGAAUGUACGCAGCACGGUGAACACCGAGACUGACAGCGACCCUAACACGUCUUCUUCGGAGAGCUCGAACGAAGGAAGAGGGAAUAAAAUCAGGAACUAUGCCCACAAUUACGGUCAGCAGUCGCAGCAAAUUAAUGAUGAAGAUUCUUACGCGCAAUAUUCGUAUGACGCGCAAGAUACGAAGAAAAUUACGCACGAGCAGGAGAAAGUUACUGAUAAUUAUCGCCAGCAAGUUGCCGCGAAUUACGAUGGUCACGGACAAAAUGCAGCGACGGUCUCAUCUUCAUCAAGGACGAAUUAUCAAGUUAAUGAACUCGCUCAUAGCGGAACUUACGAUAAUGUGCCGCAAUUGUCCAGGACACAUUAUAGAUUUAAGCCGGUCGUGGUUACUGAGGCGAACAAUCAUAAAACGGACAUGAAAUUUGAUAAUCAUCUGCUUAAUAGCGCCCCGGACACAACCUUGGAGUCUUCUAGCUCGGAGAUGUCAAAUCGCUACCAAGUUUAUAAUGACAACAGGCAACGUAGUUAUCAUCGCACGGAAGACUCUAAGAAUCUCUCGGACGAAAGUACAGAUUAUUCCGAGUACAUCGAGCGACCGAGAGUGCAGAAGACUCGAAGACGUCCGUCGUAUAGUGAUUCUUCUAGGAAACUUCCGAAAGAACAUCGCGGCACAAUGAACGACAGUACGGAAGAAGACAAGCAGAAAUACAACUCCUCGAAAAUAAGAUCACACCGAUAUAAAGUGAAGGCGAAUCCAUGGCUCAAUGAUCCUAGUAUAAAUCACGAUGAGAGCGUCGAGGACGUUAAAUACGGUUCCAGAGGCAGUAAUACAGAAACAAAAAGCUCCAAAGCACAAAAUAGCUCUAGAUCAAAAAUCAAUUCAUGGAAUCAGAUCUCUCCGAGUGUCGAGGUUUCUCGCUCAAACGGAGUCGAAUUGAAUCAGGUUGAAAAGCCAAAGUUCUUGAUUAAUUUCGUACCUGUAGCGAACUUCGAUCACGCAACCGCGUUAGGUAAUAGUCAAGGUUUUGACAUGUCCAAUGCAGUUUUGCAAAACGUUGCCACUGUCGCACCAAUCGGAGCGUUUAGCACGACUACUCCUCUUCUAAAUACUCCUCAGCCUGUUAUUGCUCAGAAUUUUGCUCAAUUAUCGAAGAAUUUGGUAAACUUGCAGAAUUUGGUUUCCACGCCGAUACCUGAUAUUAUCGUCGGUCAGAAUACUUUCCAAAAUCCUGUGCAGGUUUUUCUUCCUCAUCCAAAUGAACAAAACAAGAAUCUGAGGGGCUAUUUGCCAAGUACCAUGACACCGGUGUUUGCCCUAACAUCCAGCCUGAGCCCAGCAUUGCAGAAUAUACGAGUUCAGAAUGUGCAGAGUAACAACGUAACGCCGCGAACGACGUUUACUAUAACGCCGGCUCCUACCCAACUGAUAGUACCGCAACCGACUCUUCAAACAUACCCGAAUUUUCUGCAAACGCCGCUUCAGACAACUCAGAUACAUGUAAAUCCUCAUGGAUUGCAAGGUCAACAUUUUUUACAUCAUGGUAAUUUACAGAUACAAAAUUCGCCGACGACACCCACGCUGCUGCCUAGUCAGACAAUGCCCGAAAGCAGGAUCGUGGAAUCGCAGAAUAAGAAGAACGCGUUCUCUGCUUCUGGCACAAAUUUUGUAGCCUCCGCGAAUCUAGCCGUUGGUCAAAACGAACAGAAGCAACCGACUAACGUCAAUUCCUACUAUCUGCAGAAUCCGAAUACGCAGCAGAUUGUGAAACCUCAAGAAAUAGUGCCGAAUAUAUUGCAACCUGGUGCGACUUUAAACGGUAUAACCAUAAACACUCAACAGCUGAUUCCUCAACAAAAUGCUUCAUUAAAUAAAAAUUUGAUAAAAAAUCAUAGACUAGGCAGCAUCACACUGCAGGCUAUCGAUAACACGGCUAGUCAUUCGAGCAAUAUUAACAACGUGAAUGCGCUUGAGCCAUCAUCAGGGAACGCGCAUCUUCCGAACGUGGGUACUAAAAACGUCGAAAUCGUAAAUCCCAACAUUAAACCAAGUCAAACUGACACGACAUUCCAGACGAUGAACUAUCCGACUACUGUUCUGACGACGCCUAUUCCAAUUUUCAGUACGAUCGCUCCACAGACUGUUAAUUUUCCAAAUUACGUGAAUUCGUUGACAGAGAAUAAAGCUAAGCAAGUAGGCACGUUCCAGAAUCAGGAACCGAUGUUUAAUCCUAUUAAUUUUGUCCCGAACGUUGACAUCAUUAAAGAUCAGAAUGCUCUCAAUAAUAAACCGAUUCACGAACCUAUUCAGCAAGGUUUGAACUUGGUGCCCGUCGUGCCCGGAGGUAACUUCUUCAAACCGUCACUCGCGGCGCAAAGCGAAUUAAUUGUAAAGCCGAAGCUGACCUCGGAUUUGCAAAAGUAUGCUGAGGAGAUGUUUAAAGAAUCUCUAAAGACGAUGUACAAUUCACAGAAAUGGAAUAAUGAUAGAAAACCUCAGGAAAACGGUCAAAAUGAUUCCGAAGCGAGUGACUUGGCAAAGCUGAGACUCGAAAUGCAGAAAUUAAGAGCUUCCUUGAAGGAGUCAAAAUAUAAAGACACUCUCGAGGCGCAUCAGAGUAUGCAUAAUGUGCGCACGACUAAUGCGCCAAAAUCUUCGAAUAAAAAGAAACCAGAUCCGUUGCUAACGACCUUGGAACAUUUGCUGAAAACUCGACCUCAUGGACCGAUACAUAUUUAUCAUGGCCUUGUUAAACCAGAUCAGAAACGUAAACCGGAAGAUUCGACCUUCGAUUUUGAUAACUUCAAAGAUGAGAGUCAUAUAAGGGAAUUUCUCACGCCACCAAAAUCGAAACCUUCGCAUUCGACAAGUCCUUUUCACGACAAGCCGAAGAAACGACCAGGAUCCAUGAGGUUUAAAAAUAAUCCGAGAAGACCGGCAAGACCGAGCAAUUUGCAACAUAAAUACGGCGGUCUACAAUCGUCCUCUAGCGAUAUACAUUUAUAUGUUGAUCCAGAUACAUUCAACUAUGAUUCUAAGCAUCAACCGUCCUUUGAUAGAUACACAGCAUUCACUACAGCGUCACCAGAAAUUGAUAAAAUGCUGAGAGAAUUCAAGUCGAAUAACAAGAAUUAUGAUAUUAAUCAUCCCAGAAUGCAUAAUUUGCUCGGUUUAUUGAUGAAGAAUAAACAAUUACCUACCAGAAGCCCACAAAAUUAUUUUCGCGACAAGGAUCAGGUGAGAGAAUAUUUCGAGAAUGAAAAGCAUCGGCUGCAGCAGCAGUUUUAUAACGACGCCCUAAAGGAUUACAUGAAUGAGAGGUCCGACGUCGCGUCGCCAUCGGAUUCGAUUAUCAAUAAGACAGUUUAUUCGGGGAUUGGCACCGCAUAA